GGGGUGGUAUCUUACGGGCCUCAAUUCCGAAGGGGGCUUCCAACCUCUCAAAUUUGUCGAGUUCCGAAUCCUCAAACCGCGAUGGCUCCCGUCCUCCUCCUCCUCCUCCUCCUCCUCCUCCGCUCUCUCUUCCUGGUAAGAGCUCCAUGCCCAUCUUUCCUCGUUUACAAAUAGCACCUGCCUUGAGUUCCGGUCCUCCCUUGAAUGAAUCUUAUCGGUUGGCGCACUCGAUUCCUUCGAUUGUUCCUUCGGAACCUCGUCCAAUCCCCUCGAAGAACCAAGUUUCACUUGGGUUCCGGGGAAUUCACGCAAACCCAUCUAGAUUUUGUGGUCUUUGUUUCUUAAUUAUCUCUCGAUUCAGGGAAUUACUGAGAGCAUCUCAGAACCGGUGGGAAAUUCAUCUAAAACUGUUGUCUUCUCUUACUCCUCUCAUCUUCUCCUGCAAAGUUGUCUCUUUGGAAUCCCUCGACAUCCGCUUCAAGCUCUGAGAUACCUAAGUGUAAUACCAAAUUGAGCUCUCUGUAGUGCCAAUUUGAUUUGAGAAAUAGGUUUCCUUGGAGACCGGACCCUAGGUUUCAUGGAUGCCCUCCUCAGAAUCCACAGCAGGCUUGAAUUGCUGCACCCGGUUCACGGCCUUGCGGAAAGGCAGGGCCUUUCUCACUCCGGAAAGCUUCAGCGGCAGGACCGCAGAGCUUCCUGUAGGAGAUCCCACCGGAAAUGGGCUGAGAAAGGGUUGGCUCGAGCUGGCAGCAAUGCCCUUCUGGAACUCGUGCCCGAAACCAAGAAAGAGAACCUUGAAUUUGAUCUCCCCUUGUACGACCCCUCGAAAGGUCUCACCCUGGACCUUGCAGUUGUCGGCGGCGGCCCUGCAGGGCUCGCCGUGGCCCAGCAGGUCUCCGAGGCAGGCCUCUCAGUCUGCUCCAUCGACCCAUCCCCCAAACUUAUCUGGCCUAAUAACUAUGGUGUCUGGGUUGAUGAAUUUGAAGCCUUGGACCUUCUUGAUUGCCUUGAUGCCACCUGGCCUGGUGCAGUGGUUUAUGUGGAUGACCUCAAGAAGAAGCUUCUCGGUCGGCCUUAUGCUCGGGUCGAUCGCAAGCAGCUCAAAUCGAAGAUGAUGCAGAAAUGUGUAUCCAAUGGUGUCCGGUUCCAUCCAGCAAAGGUUGUCAAGGUGAUUCAUGAGGAGUCGAAAUCAUUGCUAAUUUGUAAUGAUGGUGUCACAAUUCAGGCCACCGUGGUUCUUGAUGCCACUGGAUUUUCAAGGUGUCUUGUGCAGUAUGAUAAGCUUUACAAUCCUGGGUACCAGGUGGCUUAUGGAAUUUUGGCAGAAGUGGAAGAACACCCAUUCGAUUUGGACAAGAUGGUCUUCAUGGAUUGGAGAGAUUCACAUCUCACAGAUGGGACAGCUUUGAAAGAGAGAAACUGCAGAGUUCCAACUUUUUUGUAUGCGAUGCCAUUUUCUUCAACAGGGAUAUUUCUGGAAGAGACUUCCUUGGUUGCUCGUCCUGGUUUGCGAAUGGAGGAUAUACAGGAAAGGAUGGUGGCUAGAUUGAGGCACUUAGGUAUCAAAGUUAAGAGCAUUGAAGAAGAUGAGAGAUGUGUGAUUCCUAUGGGAGGCCCUCUUCCGGUGCUUCCACAAAGGGUUGUUGGAAUAGGGGGGACUGCAGGCAUGGUUCACCCAUCAACAGGUUACAUGGUAGCAAGGACGCUAGCCGCGGCUCCGAUUGUUGCAAACUCAAUUGUUCGGUUCCUUGGUUCUGAUCAUGAUCUUUCAGGUAAUGAACUGUCCGCAGAGGUUUGGAAGAAUCUGUGGCCCAUUGAAAGGAGAAGGCAAAGGGAGUUUUUCUGCUUCGGUAUGGAUAUCCUGCUUAAACUUGACUUGCAAGGAACAAGGAGGUUUUUUGAUGCUUUUUUUAAUUUAGAGCCUCACUACUGGCAUGGUUUUCUGUCAUCAAGAUUGUUUCUUCCUGAGCUUGUAUUUUUUGGGCUUUCUCUGUUCUCACAUGCUUCAAAUACUUCUAGGUUAGAAAUCAUGGCCAAGGGUACGCCUCCUUUAGUUAAUAUGAUUAAGAACUUGUUGCGGGAGAAAAAUUAGUUGACAAGAGGAGCCGGUUUUCUUGUAACUGCAAUAUUGUAUCUAUGACCUGUAUCUAAAUCUCUUUCCCAUCAAUUUAUAUCUAAUACUGCUUUCAGUUAGUUA